AUGUUUCCCAUUCGCUCUGCCCCUACCGCCAGGGCAAUUGUGCCCCGUUUUGGGAGGGCGUACGCUACCGCCUCCACAAGGCCUCCGGUUCAGCUGUUCGGCGUUGACGGAACAUAUGCCUCUGCCUUAGUUUGUCCCCCCACUUGCCCCUCCACCUUGUUGUGAUUAUGAUUGAGAUAUUUUCUCACGCCCCCGAAUCACAAAUCGUGAAUACUCAUGUCUAUAACAACUUUUCUACCUCGACGACGGCCCCGAGGGUCCUCACGAUCGACCUUAGCUAACCCUUGGGUACAGUACACUGCGUCUGCCAAAACCCAAUCCCUCGAUUCUACCGAGAGAUCCCUCCAAACACUCAAGGCGCUUCUACAGAAGGACCCUAAAUUAGAGACCAUUAUCGGCUCUCCUACCCUCAAUACCGGCGAUAAAUCUCUGAUAAUCGCCGAAAUCACCAAGCCUAUCGCUUCGGACAAAGCGGUUAAGAAUCUUCUGGGGGUACUGGCCGAGAAUAACAGACUUGGUCUACUACGCGGAGUUAUUGACAAAUACUCUACACUCAUGGGCGCGCACAAGGGAGUGGUUGAGGCUGUUAUUACUUCUGCUUCGGUAAUACCCCUCGGCUGCCGUUUGAAAGGUUGAGUUGUGAUAGUGGGAGUAAUGGAAGAAACGUGCACUCUCGUUUUAUAUGGCGGAGCAGUUUGGGUUAACAUGCUGUUUGCGCAGCAACUCGACACGAAGAUUGUCAGUCGCCUUGAGACCGCCAUCUCUAAGUCGCAGUACGUCGGAGCAGGUAAAACGCUUAAAGUUGUUAAUAAGGUACGAGUUCUUUGUCGGUAGCACAAGCUACUUUACAAUUGCUGAUCCCUAUCUCCCUUAAAGGUUGACCCUGAAAUCCUCGGGGGUUUGGUCGUUGAGAUUGGUGAGCGGACCAUCGACCUCAGUGUCUCAGCCAAGAUGGCUAGGCUCAAUAAGCUUUUGACCGAUGCAUUGUAAAAGAUACUUGUUCAAAGCGGAAAUAACCCCCCCGAAUAGCUGAAUGUUGAUAGAAUAGAGGGGAUGGCAUUAGUACCGUAAUUGAAAGAAAGGUUACUUGGAU